UUUUAAAGUUGUCUUCGUGUGUCUUUUGUGUGGCGUUAAACUGACGUCUUCUACUACAACCAGUGUAGAUAACAGUGACAUGGUGAGACAUUUGACAAUGUUGCAAAACACUUUGUCAUCUGUUCAGUCUCAGCUGCAGUUAACCCUAGCUGAACAGAAGUCGACCGCAGAUGAAUUAAGAGAGGUCAAAUCUGAGCUCAGGAUGGCAGAGGACACAAUUCAUAACAUGACAAUUCAGAUGCAAGAUGUGCUGGCUGAACAGAACGCAACUUUGGCAAACUACAGAUCUACCUCUGAUGAACUUACUGAUGAAAAGAUAAAACGGGCGACGACAGAAUCAUCUCUGGAUACUCUUCAGAGACACGUAAAUAACCUGCAAAUGGAACAUAAUAAAACAAUCAACGACCUUGAUGCUCUGAAGUCUCAACUUGGGGCAAGCCACGACAGCCAGGUAAGGCUAGAAACUGAGUUCAGCAUUCUCCACACAGACCUGAAGAGUGUAGAAGGCGAUCUAGCUGUAACCAAAUAUUUGAGUUCACAACAAACAGCGAAUAUACACAACAUUCACACAGAUUUGCGAAACCUUCAAACAGAAAUGGCUAAUGUAAAGAGUGUCAAUUUGGAUUCCCUGCUGUCCCAAGUCAACACCUCUAAACUGGAUGCAAUAUCUGCCGACGUGAAGACAACUGCAAACAAAGUUGCUAUCCUUGAAUUGAAUCUUCACAGGGCUAACAACGACGUUCUGGUAAUGAAUUCAGAUCUUUGGAAAUUAGCAUCAAAUGUGACUGAAUUUCAAUUCAAUGUGUCUUCAGAAGUGAGUAGGAUCAAGACUUCUCUCCUGGGAGAUGGAAACCGUGAAACAUUACAACAGGAGAUCUACCUGAAGCUCAACUCCACUUCGGAUGCGUUGGGAAACAUGAAACAUGCAGUGGUGUCCUUGGAGACUGAGCUGGUCUCAUCAAGAUAUGGUAUAAAUGGCCUUAAUCAAACACUUCAGUCUCUCGUGCACAACGUAUCAAACAUGACAGGUACGUAUGAGUGUUACUGUCAGAGGUUAAAAUCAAUGUAA